AUGGCUUGCAACCAUGGACAUGUCGUCUCUCGCGUACCAACGUUCCUUGCGUUGCCACCAGAGAUCCGCAACAAAAUCUACAGCUAUCUAUGCCAUAGCGCUGUGCCGAUACGUCUGUGUUACUAUCAAGACCCAGAGAGUAACACACCGAAGCCAGUCGUUCCUUUCGCAUUAGGUACUACAAAACCUGUGACCUUAUUCUUGACGUGUAGACAACUCAACGCGGAAGCAUCCUCCGUGUUCUAUUCGGGCAACGUCUUUCUCCUCAAGAGAAGAACCAGGCUUGCUUCUUUUUUGGAACCCUGUUUCAUUAGCGCACUGCUAACAUUCUUCGACGUCGUGGGAUCGCGAGCCACACUUGUGCGCAACGUCGUCUUCGACACGUUUCAUUUGUGCAAUAGUGUGUUUCUCCGCACGUACAUCGAAAAGACGACGAAACCUUUUGGCCCGGUCACUGACAUCGUGGAGGUCACAGUUCUGUUACGCCGGGCCUGGGAUCGCGGUCUCAACUUCAAGAUCAACCUUUUUGAAGUGGCCGAUGUGGAAGAAGACCGAGCUGCGCACUGGAUGCAAAACCCUGAUCUUGUGCGCACCACUACAGUUAUGGCUAUCAUGAAUUCUCUGCUAGACGGACAGCUAGAUCUUAAGCAGUACCGCGACUUGGUACGUGCUAUCGCGAUCAAGUGUGAUGGUACUGGAGGUUUGAUCGGCUGGGCGAGCAGUCCUCAUGGUACUCAUCCUACCAGUCCGCCACGCUCCUAUCCCCAUACAAUGACCGAGUUCAGGGCAAAAGACGGCGGAACGCAGCUAGAACUCGUACCGUACGGUCUACUCUAG